AUGGUGGCGGCGGCGCUCCUGGCGGAUCCCAGGCGGGCUCUGGCUGGACCGCCCAAGGCUCCGUGGCGCCAAGCAGAGCAGGCGGCUGGAGGCGGCAAGGGCGUGCAGCCUCCCAAGCCGAAGCGGCUCACCGACGAGAGGCUCGCCUACUUCGUGGCCUGCCCCGUCGAGCAGCCCGACGCCUGCAAGGAGCUCAUCGCGGAGGCAGACUGGCAGGCCAUCCGCCAGCAACGCUUCCUCCUCCAGCAGCAGCUGGGCUCGCUGUCGGCGGUCAAGCCCGUCAGGAGUGCGCAGGUUGCGGCUGACGAGGCGUCCAAGCGCCUUCUGCGGGCCCGCAGCGAGCUGGAGCGCAAGAAGCAGGCGGCACAGGCUGCGCUGCAGGCGGCCUUCGACCAGGAGAAGCUGGUCGCCAAGCUGCAGGUGGAGAUGGAAGAGCUCGUCGAGAAGGCCAGGCGGGCCAUGGCCGAGCCGCCUGCUGCUGCACUGCCGCGCGCAGAGGACCGCUACGUCGCCGACGUCACCAAGUACAGGGACUUGGUGGGCACCGUCUCGGGCGCCCUCGGCGGAGUCGAGCUGGGCGAGCUGGCUGGCCCGCUCAAGUCGCUCCUCGCCGCGCUCCAGCAGGAUGUGGCCGCUUGCGAGGCGUCGGGCGCCCCGCCAGCCACCGCUGUGCCUUCCCCUGCCGUUGCUGCGGCAGGUGCUCAGCCUGGGGCAGCGGCUCAUGACGCAGUUCUGGGAGGCGAGCACCAGGCUGCUGGCGAUGACGACGAAGACAUGGAGAGCCUUAACCUGUCCCCUGAGGCCUUCGCGGCGCAGGUCGAGGCCUUCUGCGACGGCGACGCCGACAAGCGGAAGUGGCUCGAGGCGUUCCGCGACCGCUGCUGUGCCGACAAGAAGCAGAAGCUGGGCAACUUGGACAAGUGCCUCACGGAGCAGAUCAGCGGGUGCAACGUGCUGCUCUUUCAGGAGACCCGCCUCAGCGGGGCGCGCACGACGGACGCUGAAGGGGAGCUUCGUCGUCGGGGAUGGCGUGCCGCGGGUGCUGAGGCCCAGGCGUCUCAGGCGGGGGGCCUGGCGUCUGGGGUCUUUUGA